AUAGUGGGUGUGGUUCACGUGGAAGAAAAAUGGCGAUAUCUUUUAAGAAACUAAAGCAAGAAGAGGAUGAAGAUGACACUGAAUUAGGCGUCUCAGUCGCCGAUAAGGAGCAGGUUGUGCUAGGGGAAGAGAAGCACUCUCCUCCUACCAAGAGAAAGUUCACUUUACCAGGUCGUACCCCAAAACCCGGCAAUGGGAAACUCCGUGGACGAUUGAGCUCUUGGGCCGUGGCAUUCAUCGCCAUUACUGUCUUCACUAUAGCUAUUGUCAUAUCUCUUUUCAUUGCACUCCUCUUAACAGAACCAUACAGACCACCUGCUCCAAGUUAUUCCACAGGUGCUGUUGCAGCUGAUAGUGCUACGUGUUCGGAGAUGGGAGGAGAGAUUCUUAAAGCAGGUGGAUCAGCAGUUGAUGCCGCUAUAGUGGCCCUCCUUUGUGUUGGAGUAGUUCAUCCCGAAUCAUCUGGAAUAGGAGGAGGUGGUUUCAUGACAAUAUAUGAUCCCAGCUCUCAGUCAGUUAAAGCUAUCAAUUUCAGAGAAAAAGCUCCAGCAGCUUCAACAGUUGACAUGUAUCAUGGCAACGGAAACCUCUCGGAACUGGGUGGUCUUGCUGUAGGUGUCCCUGGGGAAAUUGCAGGAAUGAAACUAGCACAUGAUUUGUAUGGAAAGUUACCUUGGUCUGACUUAUUUUAUCCUGUCAUUGAUCUUGCAAGGAAUGGGUACCCGCUCAACGAGCACUCAUUUAAAUCAGUGAAAAGGGUUCAGGAUGAAGUGAUAAAUAGAACUAGGUUUGAUGAGUGGUAUUAUCAUGAAAAUGGAACAAUGAAAGGGAUUAAUGAAACAGUCAAGAGGCCAUAUUAUGCGGAUGUUUUGCAAAAGAUAGCCAGCGAGGGGCCGAGUGGUUUUUAUAAAGGUGACAUAGCAACAGAAAUAGUCAAUGCAGUACAAAGAACUGGCGGUAUAAUGACAACGGAUGAUAUGGCAUCUUAUGAAGCUCUGCUGGAGGAGCCAGUAUUCAUCAGAUACAAUGAUUUUGAUGUCUACUCAACUCCACUGCCUUCAGGAGGUCCACAGAUGCUCUUCAUUCUCAACGUAAUGGAAGACAUUGGAUUGAGCCAAGAGAGCGAAUGGAGAAACCUUACUUACCAGCAUCUCGUUGAGUCUUUCAAGUACUCGUUUGCGUUUAGAAGUAAGUUUGGGGAUCCUAACUGCUCUGAUUGUGAAGCAGAAAAACUUCACGAGUUACAAGCAAAAGUAUUGAGUGAGAAGUUUGCAGCUGAAAUAAAUCGUUCCAUCAGUAACAACAGCACUUUCCCUCCAUCUCACUACAAUGCUUCACUGUUUGUUAAUGAUUCUGGCACCACUCACGUCAGUGUAAUUGAUUCUAAUGGAAUGGCUGUCACUGUAACUUCUACUGUGAACACUUUCUUUGGCUCUAAAGUGAUUACUCCUAACGGUAUAGUACUCAAUAAUGAAAUGGACGACUUUUCAUCUCCAAACAUUACAAAUUAUUUUGGAAUACCACCAGCUGAGGCCAACUUCAUCAGUCCAGGUAAACGACCACAGUCUUCAGCCUGCCCUACAAUAAUGCUAAAGAAAAACAGUGCUGGGGAUUAUUAUGCAUACUUGGCCAUAGGAGCAGCCGGAGGCACACUGAUAGUAACAUCAACAGCUCAAGUUGCCCUGGAAGUUAGUGCAUUUCGUAAGUCUGUGUCAAAAUCCGUUGAGUCGAAACGGCUUCAUCAUCAGUUGAUACCAAAUACGCUCUUUUACGAAGAUGGUUAUCCUCAUAAUAUCACUGAGUACCUGAGGUCGCUGGGCCACGUUUCAAUCUCGUCUUUAGGAAAGUCUAUAGUGCAGGCAGUUGCUCAAGAAACUGAGGGAGUUCUCACUGCUCACUCUGACAGUAGGAAAGGGACGGAAUCCGGAUCUUUUGUUUAUCACACUUAAUCAUAACGUAGUGUCUGGUUUUUUUAUAUCUCGUGUAUGAUUAAAUUCUCUAUUAGUUUGUUUGAAUCAAAACAAUGUAGAAUCU